UGAUGAGGUACAUCGAUGGGCGGGUGCCUCUGCUCGCUUCCUCUUUGCUGGAUUUAUGCUUUUUGGGCUUCGACCUUUGAGUUACGCCUUUGCUGUGCGCGUGCGGGUUCGAGAAGAGGGAAGCGAGAAGCGGCAGCGAGAAGGAAGGGAUCUGCGGAUACAGAGAGGGGGUUGGUCUGGGGAUUCGUUGCUUGUGGGCGAAUCAAGGAUUGAAGGUUGAAGUGCGGAGGUGGGUUUUGCUUCUGGAUUCGGACACUCAAGCUAAGCCAGAUGUCAUUUGACUCAUUCCGGAGCAUUGUUCGUGAUGUGAGGGAUAGCUUUGGUAGUUUGUCAAGGCGGAGUUUUGAAGUGAGGCUUUCAGGCUUUUCUGGCCAUCAUAAAGGGAAAUCUCAAGGUUCUGUUUAUGAUGCCCAUGAACCCCUUCAAGUUGUUCAGCAAAGUCGCUGGGCUACUCUUCCUUCGGAGCUACUUUUUGAUGUGAUUAAAAGGUUAGAAGAAAAUGAAGCUACAUGGCCAUCGCGCAAGCAUGUUGUGUCAUGUGCAGCUGUGUGCAAAUCAUGGAGGGAGAUGUGUAAAGAGGUAGUAAGAAGUCCAGAGUUUUCUGGGAAGCUCACUUUUCCUGUAUCUUUAAAACAGCCUGGAGCUCGAGAUGGGGUAAUCCAAUGUUUCAUCAAGAGGGAUAAGUCAAAAUCAACUUAUCAUCUCUAUUUAUGUCUUAGUUCUGCUGUGCUUGUUGAGAAUGGUAAAUUUCUCUUAUCAGCUAAGAGAAAUCGGAAACCAACUUGUACCGAAUACACCAUUUCGAUGGAUGCUGGCAACAUAUCACGCUCAAGCAGCACCUACAUCGGGAAAUUGAGGUCAAAUUUUGUAGGGACAAAGUUCAGGAUCAAUGAUACUCAGCCUCCAUACAACAGGGCUGCUAUUUGCCCUACUGGUCGAACCAGCCAUAGAUUCUACUCAAAGAAAGUUUCACCCAAGGUGCCAUCAAGCAGCUAUCCCAUAGCUCAGGUGACAUAUGAAUUGAAUGUUCUCGGAACUCGAGGACCACGACGGAUGCACUGUGUCAUCCACUCUAUCCCAGCAUCCUCCCUUGAGCCCGGUGGCGCGGUCCCUGGACAACCUGACAGUCUAGUUACUCGCAACUUUAAUUCUUUCCGCAGCCUUUCCUCCGCGUCCUCUUACAUGGACCGCUCCUUCGAUUUUAGCAGUUCGCGGUUCUCUGAUAUUUCUGGAGGAGCUGAAGAGACCGAUGCAAAGGAGAGACCGUUAGUACUCCGAAACAAACCACCUCGUUGGCAUGAGCAGCUACAAUGUUGGUGCCUCAACUUCCGGGGCCGUGUGACGAUUGCCUCUGUGAAGAACUUCCAGCUGAUCGCCGCUCCACAACCCGCUGCUCCCAACCUAGCAACCACCACACAGCCAGCUGCACCGGGUCAUGAUAAGAUCAUACUUCAGUUUGGCAAGGUUGCGAAAGAUAUGUUCACCAUGGACUACCGGUACCCGCUUUCAACAUUCCAAGCUUUUGCUAUCUGUUUGAGUAGCUUCGAUACCAAAUUGGCCUGUGAAUAGAAUGAAGAGAAAACAGGAAACGAUAAGCAAUCACCCUGGUGCCGUUUUGUUGCUAUUCUUGCUGGAUAUUGUAAAACUGCAGCAUCUAAUUCUUAAGUAUUAGCUUGUCAUAGUUUUACAGUUCA